AUGCAUCGUAUUGCUAAGUUUGAUGAGAAAUGGAUUAUUUUCAACAAUAGCAAGCUUUCUGGAUGGGGGUUGGAUAGAGACCUAGAGCCGAAACAAAAUGCUAAUCUGUCUGUUUGGUGGCGCAACGUAGGUAUCAUCCACCUCAGCUUCAUGAGACCUGGUAAGUCAACGACAGCAGUUGUCUACAUCAACCAAGUGGAUGAUGUGAUGAGUGAACUUGCAAAUAAACAACCAAGAUUGGUCAACAGAGACACGCCGAUUGUCUUGCAAGACAAUGCUCGACCAUAUGUUGGACAAAGAACGCAACUCAAGUUAGAGGAAGUGAAAUUGAAAGAACUCUAUCAUCCACCAUAUUCACCACACCUUGCACCAACUGAUUAUCACGUUUUCGAAACAUUAAACAACAUUUUGCAACGAAACCCUUCAAAUCAGAAAAUACAAAAACAUCCUAUCGUGAUUUCUUCACAUCUUGCUUUCCAGAGUUCUUCGCUACCGUCAUAUUAA